CGGCGACCUUUAAUGGGAUCCUUAACUUUUUUUUUUGUCAACCUAUGUCAUUCAUUUUAAAGCCCGAAGGCAAUUACAAGUGGAUAUGGGUUCUAAAAUUACAAAUGAGGCUUCAUAUUACAAAAGUCCAAAGGAAAACACGAUUUGGCUAUCCCAUGGCUAUCUCAUCGCAAUUAUGUGAAGCCACGCGUCACGUCCUCAAAGCUCUGUGUUGCGCCCACGCGUCGUUCAUGCAGAAAAGCUUCCACCGCUUCGCAGACUCCACCGCCAGAUGCAUCUCCACCGUGAGCUUCGCCGGAACCGUUGCUUCUCGUUUUUCCUCCUUUAGCAGUUGAAGACAGAGAACGUCAUCGUCCUACAGGCUUCAAUCUCUCAUAGAUCCACUUAUAAAACUCCCUCCUCAUAACCACCGUUGAAUCUUCAAACCUUUCUUCUAAAUCGCCAGAGAUAAAAGCCACCGGAACUUCAAAAAGACAUACACCCGAUCCUUUUUGAAACACUUUCCCUUAUGGAAAGCUUCAAUCUGCUGAAUCUGUGCAUAAUCUUCGAAGUUAAAUCGAUAAAACUCAAUUUCCUAUCCACUAAAGAUACUUUGCUAAUAUAUCGAAAGAAAAGAUUGACUCCUUUUUUUGAAAUAGGAUUUUGAGGAUGACUAACGAUGUAGAGAAAAGCUACAGGUUCAAACGGAAUAUCCAAAUUCUUGGACAUAGCAUAAGAACAGAGGAGAAGAGGACUUAGAACUGAAACUUUAUUUAGUUCACCCAGAUCAUAUGAAGAUAAGCGUGAAGAACAUAUACGUCUGGGUUGAAAACACAACAAAAAUCCGCUUCCGGAUAUAACAAAAUCGCCUUAGCGAAGAGUGAAAUCGCCUUGCGAAAAAACAAAAUCGAUCCUAAGAUCGAAAUAUUUACAUUAAAAGAUGAAGCUUCUCAUCUCUUCUUCCCCAGUGAGAGAUACAGAGAGUGGGAACGAGGAGAAAGAUGGCGACGCUAUCUCUUCUCCAUUCUCACUUACCGAUAUUACUUUCUUUUUUUCCAUUGAUUGCAAUCUUAAAGGUCGCUCAUCAAUCAGAAGAACCAAGCUCCAGAUUCCUUCAAACGUGCUUGUGUUUAGACGGGGACACAAGAAUCUAAACUGGGUUCAACUCCAAACCAACCAGAGAUUCGUCCGCAAAUCGCUUGGUGAUGAUUCCUCAACUCCAGCUGAAGAAACUUAG